AUGGAAGAAAGUUCUUGUUCUACUGUUUCCCCUGUGGAUAGCUUGGGGACCAAUGAAGGCGAACUAGAGAGGAAGGCAAAACGAUCUGGAAGGAAGAGGAGAGAGAGUAAAAAGUCCAGUGAAGAUGGAAGCCCAAACGCAAGCAAAAGGGGGAAGACGUCCAGCCCAAGUGCCCAGUCCCACGAGGAACUCCGGAACCAAAGGAUUCUUGCUAAUAUCAGAGAGAGGCAAAGGACUCAGUCCCUUAAUGAGGCUUUCGCAGCCUUGAGGAAGAUAAUCCCAACGUUGCCUUCUGACAAACUCAGUAAAAUCCAGACUCUCAAACUGGCUGCCAGGUACAUAGACUUCCUUUACCAGGUGCUGGAGAGCGGUGAGACGGACACCAAGAUCACCAGCUCCAGUUAUGGAGCUCACGAGAGGCUCAGUUACGCCUUUUCUGUGUGGAGGAUGAAAGGAACUUGGUAG